AGGUUUUAAUGAUGAAAAUUGAUUGAAUGAUGAUCUCCUUCUGUCCGGCCAAUGCGUCCCUGUCGCAGCCGUGGAUUAACCAUGGGUUAUCACCCUGUUUCGUGGAUUUCUUCUUUUCGUGCUUCGAGUUCGCGUUCAUCACAUUUUUCGGCGGGGUCCAGUUGUAUUACUUCAGAAAGUAUGCUUCUCGGACUGCCCGAAACCUCAUCCCAAAGUCGCGACUGUAUCAAGUUCAACUCUGGUUGGCGGUUCUUUUCCCAAUCGUCGAAGGCAUUCGCCAAGGACUUAUGUAUUACUUGAAAGGGGAGUACUACGGAUAUGAGUUGGUUUAUCUGUUGGCCGUUGCCUAUGCUUGGUAUUGGUCUGUGCACCUAUUGAGGUUGGAAAGGUGCUACAUGCUGCCGACUGUUCCUGUGAAGGGCCACGGGCUGGUGCUACUCCUUUUCUGGACUACGGUUUUCGUGAAAGAGAACCUCACGUUUUUGAACCUCAAAGGGCUUCAUUGGUGGUUUCUUCUUCGAGAUGAGGUUGACCGAGCUCAGUUCGGAUUCUUCGUAGUUCGUUACACGUUCACGUUUUUGGUGUUCGUGCUUGGUAUAAAAGCUCCCGGAGUUUCGAAUGUACCCGUCGAUGUCGAGUCGGAACCUCUUCAUGAUUCCGAUGCCGAUUCCGGAGGUUCAACAUUCGCCGAUGCUUGGCGCAAAAUCUGCAUAUUAUUGCCAUUCCUGUGGCCGAAAAAGUCAAGAAUUCUUCAAAUCACGGUCGUCGUUUGCUUCUUCAUACUCUUCCUUGGAAGAGCCGCAAACGUUUUGAUGCCAAUAUUCUACAAGCUGAUAGUUGACAGUUUGUCGAAGCAAGUGGACGGAAGACCAGAUCUUUCCUUCCGCUAUGACUACAUUCUCGGCUACGUGGGAUUGAAAUUCUUGCAAGGAAGCGUUGGAGGAAUUGGGUUCUUUUCGAACAUCCGAAGCUUUCUGUGGAUUCCGAUUCAGCAAUACACUGCCCGGGAAGUCCAGGUACAACUUUUCGAACACUUGCACAACCUGAGUCUGCGAUGGCACUUGGGAAGAAAAACUGGAGAAGUUCUCCGUGUGAUGGAUCGCGGAACUCAGUCAAUUACGUCUCUUCUGUCGUACAUCCUGUUCAACAUCAUACCCACAGUUUUGGAUAUCAUAAUCGCCGUGGUUUACUUUGCGACAGCCUUCAAUGUAUGGUUCGGUCUGCUUGUGUUCUCCACAAUGGCGGUGUAUCUCGGUGUAACGAUUGCCGUGACAGAGUGGCGUACAAAGUACAGGCGAUUCAUGAACACGGCGGAUAACGACGCCCGAGCAAAGGCAGUUGAUUCUGUGCUGAAUUUCGAAACAGUGAAAUAUCAUUCCGCUGAAGUCUACGAAGUGAACAGGUACCGCAAGGCCAUUUUAGACUUUCAAAGCGAGGAAUGGAAGUCGAAUGCGUCGCUCAAUUUGCUGAACACUGUGCAGAACAUCACCAUUAAUGCUGGAUUGCUGGGGGGAAGUUUGCUUUGCGCUUACAUGGUAGCCUACGAAAGAACAUUCACUGUGGGAGAUUACGUGUUGUUCUCUUCGUACAUCGUCCAGUUGUAUCAGCCGUUGAACUGGUUCGGAACCUACUACAGGAUGAUUCAGCAGUCGUUUAUUGACAUGGAGAACAUGUUUGAUUUGCUGAAAGAGAAGCAGGAGGUGAUCGAUUCGCCCGAUGCGGUGGAAUUUAAACCCCGAGCAGGAAGAAUAGAUUUUAGCAACGUGUCCUUCUCCUAUGUUCCGGAGAAGAAAGUUUUGAAGGAAAUCAGUUUUUCUGUUCCCCCGGGGACAACAUUUGCGCUCGUGGGACCAUCUGGUAGCGGGAAAACUACAGUUAUUCGACUUUUAUUCCGGUUUUACGAUGUAAAAGGAGGCGCUAUUCAAAUUGAUGGCGUGGAUGUGAGAAGCGUUACGCAGGCUUCGUUACGAGAAGCAAUAGGAAUCGUGCCGCAAGACACAGUAUUAUUUAAUGAUUCCUUGCGGUAUAAUAUAAAAUACGGGAAGUUUGACGCCAGUUACGAAGAGUUGGUGGAGGCAGCAAAAGCAGCCGACAUCCAUGACAGGAUCCUUACGUUUCCGGACGGUUACGACACUGUGGUCGGCGAAAGAGGUUUGAAAUUGAGUGGUGGUGAAAAGCAGCGAGUUGCAAUUGCAAGAAUGGUCUUGAAGAAUCCUAAGUUUAUAUUUCUGGACGAAGCCACUUCAUCGUUGGAUACCAGAUCGGAACGAAACAUUCAAACUGCUUUGGCAAGGUUAUGUCAGAACCGAACUACUUUGAUCGUGGCCCAUCGUUUGUCUACGAUUAUCCAUGCCGAUCAGAUUUUAGUGCUGAAAGACGGGGAAAUUUUAUUUCUCUCGUUCCUUUGUCCGGAAAUGUCGGACGCAGCAGCCUUUAACAUCGUUCCGCAAGUAAUGCCUGCUCCAACAAGCGAAGAUGACGCUUCUGCGGGCGAUAAUGCGCGAAAUGGAGAUGCGGUUGAUGCCAGUGAAGAGGGAGAAGCGGAGGAGAUCGUUCUUGAUCCAGAAGCAACGUGUGUUGACUUGAAUCAUCGUCGCCUGAAAACUUUGGAAGGAAUGGAUGCCCUGACGAAGGUUGAGAACUUAUCAUUACGAUGGAACUUAUUGAAGAAGAUCGAGAACAUUUCUUCAUUAACUACGCUCAGGGAGUUGGAGCUGUAUGACAACCAGUUGACGAAGAUCGAAAAUCUGGAAACCUUGGUCAACUUGGAGGUGCUGGAUCUUGGCUUCAACCGUCUGAAAGUGAUCGAAAACCUUGGUAGUUUGACAAAGUUGAAGCGAUUAUAUUUGUGUGCGAACAGAAUUGAAAAGAUUGAGAACCUGGAGUCUCUGUCCAACCUAGAACUUCUGGAGCUGGGAGAUAAUCGCAUUCGGAAACUUGAAAACCUGGAUGGCCUAGUGAUGCUCACCCAGCUGUAUGUUGGGAAAAAUAAAAUCACGAAGCUAGAAAAUCUUGGUCUUGAAAAGUUGACGAUUUUGAGCAUACAAAGCAAUCGUUUGCGAAAGGUUGAAGGCUUGGAACGUUUGCGUAACCUCGAGCAACUGUAUCUAUCUCACAACGGCAUUGAAGUGAUCGAGAAUUUGGAAGAAAACCUAAAUUUAUCAACUCUGGAUGUUGCCAACAAUUUGUUGACCUCUCUGAAAAAUGUUUCACACCUGACGAAGCUCGAAGAAUUUUGGUGCAACGACAACCAAAUUUCGGAUUGGAAUGAGGUGGAACAAGAACUGAAAAGCAUGACUCAAAUAGCGACUGUCUACUUGGAACGGAAUCCGAUUGCGAAUGAUCCCGCGUACCGCCGGAAAUUAGCAAUGAUAUUACCAUCCCUAAAGCAGAUCGAUGCAACCAUGUGCAAACCGUGAUUCUUGUAUUGCAUGACUGUUAUUCAGGCAUUUCGACGCCACACGAUUUGUCUCGGUCUUUUCUUGAAUCCCGUUGGUCGUCGAAAACAAAAUCGCAGCACUCCACACCUUGACCUCGAAGUUCCGUUUGAUAUUCGAUGUCGGGUGUUAUUUUUAAGCACACUGAAUGCAACAUUCAGUUAAACCUCUGCGCGUUUUAUUAUAAUUUUUUAUGGGAUGUCAGGAAGUUUUUUUCUGGUAGAAUUCUGAACAUGCAAAGCAUGGAUUGCAGACAGGUAACGUGCCAGUAGUUCGCGUUUUUGCACGACUCGGACUCGACGUCGUGCUGCUUAAUAAACACUGCUAUUGUUUCCCGAUA